UAAGGUUGCCAGCCAUGGAAACAUAGAGUUCCCGGAUGUUCGGGGUCGGCCAAGGGAGGAGGGAGAGAUGUGUCCGCCAAGUUGAGGAGCUCCUCACCUGAAUAUUCACCGCCACAAGCCUUCUCUUAAAACGUUAUGGGUACACAAGCGAGGAAGAGGCAGUGACAGUGAAAAUUAGCGCGGGAGCGCGGCCGAGGCGGCUACACACACAAAAUGGUGGAACAACACUUCUGCUUGCGGUGGAAUAACUACCGCACAAACAUAACAGCAGAAUUUGAGACCUUGAGGGAGGGGGAGCACUUUGUGGACGUUACCUUAGCCUGUGAUGGCCAACAGUUGAAGGCACACAAGGUUGUCCUCUCUGCGUGCAGUCCCUAUUUCAAGGAACUUCUGCAGGGGAAUCCAUGCACACACCCCAUCAUAAUAUUACGUGACGUGGCCUACACACACAUGAGGAGUUUGCUGGAGUUCAUGUACGCAGGAGAGGUUAACAUCUCUCAAGUUCAGCUGGGUGCCUUCCUACAUACUGCCGAGGCUCUUAAGAUCAGAGGCCUAGCAGAGUCGUCUGAUGAGCGUAAAGAUCACGGAGGAUUGAACAGCAUAUCUCCACUGUCAGCCUUGAAGUCAUCAUUAAGUGGGCUAGGAAAUAUAGCAAUGGGUGGAAUAGGUGCACCUUCCAUUCUAGAGCGACCUCUUGUGCCCCAGCUUUUACCGCACCACACAGACAAACAAGGGAACCCCCUCACUACGCCACACCAUUUGCCACCCCACUUGGUGCCUCCUCCCCUUUCCUUGGCAGGCGGUACCCACCCAACACCAUCUCAAGGGGUGACUGGUGGCCCUCCAAGCAGCAGCAGCAGUAGUAGUAACAGCACCAGCUGUAGUGCCACGGGCUUGCCCCAAGGACCUCUUCCCCUCACAGUGGUAUCUCAAGCUAGUGAGAGGCCACCCCGCCCAGAAGCACCCGAACGCACCCCUUCCCCACCCCCUCCCUUGCCACCCUGUAAACGGAUUCGUUUGGAAAGGAAGAGUAUUUUAGAUCCUCCCCCCGAGAAGAACAACCACGGUGACUCCACCAAUGGCACCGCCUCCUCCACUGUAACCACCACUCUAACCACCAUGCCUCCAGAGGAUCUCAGUCACACUGUGCUUAAGACUGAGCCAGUGGAGAGUGGAACAUCUGAUGCAGAAGGUUGGUGUGGCCCUGAAGAAGGUGACAGUAGUAGUGGAGGUGGAGGAGUUGGUGGUGGCGGCGGUGGUGGAGGAGGAGGAGUAGGAGGAGGAGGUGGAGGUGGCGGUGGUUGUGGACCCGGGGGAGAAACUACUGCGACCCCUGGCCCCACACCUCCUGGAGGAACGCCCCCUGAUCCAGAAAACACUAGUCACCUUCUGCAGGCACUCAGCUCGGAAUCUCACCUGCAAGGUGGUCCAGAAGAGGUUGACCGUCCCUUUCUCUGUGGAGACGACUUACGACAUGAUAUGCGGUAUGACCCACAUCCAGACCCACGGACAGACAUGCGUCACGAUCCACCUCUGGAUCUCCGUGGGGACAUGAGAGGAGACCAGCGAUUAGACCCUCGGGCUGACAUCCGGGUAGAGGUACAAGGAGGGGGGGAGAGGUUGGGGUCAUCUCCACCGCUGCCUCCCAGCUCACUACCACACUCGUGUCAACUGUGUGGGAAGCUUAUCUCGUGUCGCCGUAAUCUGUGGAAGCACAUGGAACGUGUCCACUUCAACAACCCCGCCGUCCGCUGCUCGCUUUGUGCUAAGAUGUUCAAAAAUAAAUAUGCCCUUAAGGACCACCAGCGCAUCUACCAUGGCGGUUUGAGCGAGCCACCACCACCUCCGCCACACUCUGCUUCCCUAUUAUCGCGCAUCCUACAAGAUCCUCGGCACCAGCCACCUCCUCAGCCCCACGACCCACGGGGACCACCCCCUUUAGAGCUGACCCAACCCACACUUCUGCCUCGCGAUUCCCACCUUCGCCACCACAUGGACUCAUCUCACACCCAGGCUAUUUCCCGUAGACACCACGAGGAUGAGGAGGUUGGGGGUGGAGCUGCUUACCCAGGCAUGGGUAUGGGCCCCAUGAUACCACAGUCUCUGGCUCCAACCAUAGUAGGAAGCCCGUCCUCACUCAGUGGUCCACGUCCUGAGUGGCCAACCCAGGACAACCCCAUGGCACUGGUUAAUAGAGCUCUGCUCUCAGAGUUGCACCAAUUGGUAACUAAGGCCGACUAAGCAUUAAGCUGGUGGUCGUGCUGCUUGCUAGUCUGCCCCACACCAGUCACCCCGGUGGUACUCGGCCCCAUAACUCCCUCACCCAGGAGGGUGCACCUCGCCUGGCCGUCCUGUGCCCUGCCGCUGGUGCUGGUUGGUGUGAAUCCAUGCCCUUACAACGACCACACCCGCACCGCCCACUCUGGGAAACCUUUUGGAUAUUUAUUAUCCUUGGUAUCCAGUGACAUCAGCUGUUGUAGCCAGCCAAUAACAUCUUUAUAGUGUGCCGAAGUGGGCCUAGGCGGCCAACGUAUCUCACUCUCGAUAGCUUUAACCUCCUUCGGAGUCCCGCUGUUACCAAACGGGAGCCGUGUCCCUGUCUGGUGCCUGUUCGACACGGCAUGUAGUCGUUACCACGAUAGUCUCUCCAGUUGUGUGUUCAGCUCGCACCCGCAGCUACCCUGUAUGUAGGCAGCCUAGAAAUAUGGACGCACACGCUUCCCUAACUCACUGACUCAACAAGAGGUCCAUAGUGACAGUCCCGAGGUUAUGACGACAUCUGCUGGUGGAGUUGGAGGCAUUGAAAUCUGCUUCGGAUUUUUCAUUCCAGCAGUCUGUAAACCUGUGAUUGUGAUCGUGAUAUGAGUGACUAAUUAAGGUGUUUGGAUAAAAAUUUUAAUAUAUUGGAUUUAUUUAUCUCAAGCAAAUACCCAAAAUAGCAUAUAUUGGCUGUGAUAGAAAUAAUAUGAAUACUGUAUUGUAUGGAUGUGAUGGAAAAUCCUGUUAAUGAACUUACUUGAAGAUUCUGAAUCAGUAAUCAAUGUGUCCUACACAUGACUGCCUGAGUCGCGCCUUGAACUCGGUGGUCCACGGAGGCGGCACAAAAGGCAUCUCCUGCUUGCGUCCAUUUAGAACUGGCACAACGCACCCCUGCUGGCCUGGUGUCUCAGUGUGUAAAAACAUGGCUAGUCACUACCUGUGUUACAUAUUAGAGUGAUAAAUGACAGCAAUGUCUUCUAAUAUGGUUUCAAGUAAAAAAGUAUAUAAGUCGGCCAGCUCAUUAAAUGAUUCAUUAAUACAUGCUUUCAGCUUAUCUCACAAUGUAAAUAUUUUUUAUCAAUAUUUAAUCAACAGGGUAAAGUAUUGCUAUCACAGAUUUAAAAGAUAAUUUUCCAAGUUCUCUGUCAUUGCUCUUGCUCUCCUCAGAUGGUCAGGCAUUUGUUUGCUUAUGUGAUUCAAGUUGCAUGACAUAAGUACACGCAUAGCACUAACAUGUUAAUGCACCCGUUGUUGAAUAUACAUCUUUCCUUGUUGUUCAGUCAGUAUAUCUAAACAUGGCACUAAUUGAUGUUCUAGCUGUUAUUUCAAACAUCCAUACAGGAUUUAUAUACUUGCGUUGAUGUUUUCUGGCUGCCCACAACACAAUGUAUACUAACUAGGUUGGGCUCUGGUCCGUCACAUGGGACAACCUUGUCUUAUGCCAUAGCAUGGGAGAACGGGCUUUGACGCACCACUUAGUUUGGGCCUUUUGCUACUGUACAGAGAUUCGUGCCUUGUGCCACCAUAGAGAGCUCCACCCUCUGUCACUGUAGGUUAUACCACUGUUUAGAGAUCUGACCAAAGAGCCAAUGUAUAGUGAGCUGUGCCUUGUGCUACUGUAUUGUAAAAAGGUUUUGCACCUUGUGCCACUAUUUAGAGAAUGUACCCUGACCAACCAGACAUUCAAGCCUUGUGCCAGUUCCAUUGUAUAUUCAUAAAGUACUGUUAUCAUGCUCAGGCAUUAAGCUCCACAUCAUUAUGUAGUUUGCUGCUGUGUCAUGGAGCUAGCCUUAAAAGCAUCAUGGAUAGGAACAAGGUUUAUAAUAUCAAUAUAGUGUAGCCUGGACUAAUGUUACCUGUUGAUAGCAUUGAUUACAAGUGUGUCAUAGAGAGGAUUCAGGCAUAGAGCUUUUAUAUAGAAAAGUGGAACUACGGUCCACUAUGCAGGGGAGCCGUUGUCAUAGUGCCGCAUCCAUGGACCAGUGGGAGGCAGCCACGUUUAUACUCUCUACUUUCGUGAAGGCUGUGUCUCCGUUUCUGUGAUGUAUUGAAGUGUGCUGUUGUAACGGUUAUGCAGAGCUCUUUAUAUUUUUGAUACUGUAGAGUAUUUUGCGCAAGGUUCCUAGGUAUAAAUGAUAAUUUACGCAAAUUAGAAUCUAAGUGCAAUCAUACCAAAACAUAUACAUUAGAUUAUGAGCCACAAAUGGAUGUUAAGUCAAACAGAAUGAUAAUCAAGAGCUUGUUAGUAGCUCAUUUGAUUCUUAAAUAAUUUAUAAGACUCAUUUAUACUAUUUAGUGUACUGCAUAUACCAGUACAGUACUUGAGGAUUGCACUUAGAUUCUUAGUGAAGAUGCAAGUUGCCACGUCCAGAGCAAUAUGGUGGAGGAGGAUGGAUAUUUUGUUGCCCGAACUGGUUUAAAAGUUAGGGUUACAACCAAACACUUUUUCAUAUAUAGAAGAGUGUUAAUACCCAAAAUGCAGUUAUAGACUAAGGCAUUGGAAAGUUUCCUUAAUGGCUGUGGAAUGGAUAAUUAUUAUAGUAGUGAAGAUGGGGGGUUGAAAUUGGUGAUAUCCUCUAUUUUACUGUUUAUGAUGGUCAAUUGGUGAUAUUCUCUAUUUUAAUAUUUAUGGUUUGUGAUACAGUAAUUGAGCUUUAAUACUGUGUAUUUUUAAAUGAAAAUAAUUGGGAUAAUCAUCAGAUUGUGUCUUAGAAUAACUUGAGUUUGUUUAAAUGUAUAUAUUAAUGAUAAGGAUGAGCACACGUGUAUGGGAAAGGAGUUUGAAGAUUUCGGUAGGACCAGGUCUUUCAUAUAAGGUGUCUUGUGAGUUUUAUAAUACUUAUUGGAGGAUGCCUGGUGAGCCCAGAGAUAUCCUAAUGGGACUUGCCUCCACCACCACCCUCCCGGGCACGCUGGCUAGGCUGGGGAGCCUGGCUGGUACGAAAGACCCAAGGUUGUGUGCACUCAUCGCUGUAGUCCGUGCCCAGCAAUUCCAGGUCUCAACCUGCACUUUCACUUGACAGGUAGGAAGACGAGGUUACAUCCUUGGUUUUGCGUUGUCUUAAACUGUCUCGGCAGCUUAUCAAGUCUUUCACAUUCUGUAUGAUAGAAGUUUAUAAAUUGUCUCUGACGUAUUUUCCAUAAAACUUUUUGUUAAACACACUUAGGUAAAAAAGGGUAAAACACCUUUAUGUAUAUGGUAUACUAUAUAACCAUGACAAUUUGUGAUGUACAGUAAAGGACUGAAUAAAGUUCUUGAAGUGAAAAACACAUAAAAAGGACUUGAUAAGUUGCUUGGAUGCAUCAAGAUUUUGUGUUUGCCUUGUGAGUCAGAGUCUUGGACCUAUCCAUACUAAUGCUUGUUAAAACAUUGCGUAGAUAUUCUAAUCAUUGAAAUAAAUAUUAACAGACACUUAUAACUAAACUAUAAGGGCAUCAAAUGCAUUUUCUAAAUACUAUUCAUAAAUUGUUUUAUAGGAACAAUUACA